AUGGAGUCGUUAAACAUCUCAAACCUUAACUUGUACAGCGGGAGAAGCAAGAGCUCCCAAGAAAACGGCGUGAAGUUUGAAAGGACAGAAGAAAAAUUCGAAAGAAAUCACCUCACGGACCAAGAUGAAGAGUACCACUGUGAAUACAAGGAAGAAAUAUGGAAGAGUCUCUUGGAACAGGAAGCUGAAAAACCAACUAUCCAUCUUCAAUCACCACAGCUGGAGUUUCGUGGAGCCCUAGUACAGCAACUUCGUGACGCCACAAAGAAAUUGGGCCUUAGCAUUGCGACCUUGCACUCCGCCGUGGCUCAAUUGGACUUGUUCAUGGACGCUCACAGACUCAGGGCUGACCGACUUACGCACGUCGCUUUGGCCUGUUUAAGUUUAGCAGCAAAAAGCGAAGAAAAUCUCAGUCGAGCGCCCACCCUGAAGACUUUGUCAAAAAUAAGCCGAGUACACUUGUGUGGCAAGACGUUCAGGCAGCUGGAAUGGAUGGUCGGCCAACACGUACGUUGGCGUCUAUUGUCACCAACACCAGUUUCGUAUGCAGCACUGUUGGCCCAAUAUGUGGUCACCGACAGCGACCUUACCACCCGACAUCCCAAGUUUGUUAGACGAUUCAAACGAGAUGGAGCUAAAGCACUAGAAGCCUAUUUAGACUUGACACUUUCCGAUGUACGUCUAAAGGUGGUGGAGUGCGUGGACGUGGGUUGUGCGUGCGUGGCGUGCGCCCGCGCCGAGCUGGGGCUGGUGGCGUGGCCAGGCUGGCUGGCCGCGCUCGCCGGACGCCAGCCGGCCGCCGUCGCACCCAUCGCGAGACUACUGCAGAGGAUGAUGCAGAUUCUGAAAUCCCGUGAGACGUCUGUGGAAUCUGAAGUGGAUCAAGGUUACAGCAGCGCCCGGACGUCCCCCAACCAGACUCCGAGCACGUCCCCCACGCUGCACGUGUCGCCCGCCUCCAGUACGUGCAGCUCCUCCUCGUCGGCGCGCUCCCACUCACACGUCGACACCUCCUACCGUCAGCGCCCAGUGGAACGUCGACCUGACACCAACUACUCAGUCUUAGACUUGGAUGACUCCAACCCUUCUCAAAGUGUCAACACAGAAAAUUACUACACUCUGCCCACUGCCGUCGACAUGACCGUGCAACGCGUCAACACAUCGGCUGAUUACAGGUAUUGUAGGUCCAGUAGACUUAUUGAUGCUAGUUUAGAAGUUCAACCCUCGACUAGUAUGGCUGUGAAGCGUGGCAUAGACACCAAUGUAGAUAUCGAGAGGAAGAGGUAUCGACUAGCCUCACAGAUGUCUCAGGUUGUUCUAUGA